AUGGCCAUCCAAGGCUUCUCCCUCCCCGGCGCACAGCACUCCACGGCCGCCUCGUGCGUGCGCCAGGUGCGUGCGCUCCUCACGCCUCCUCCCUCCGACGCUGCCUCUCUCCACGCCCUCGCCGCCUCGCUGGCCGCCACGCGCCUGCUCGCCUCGCUGCACGCCGCCGCCGGCUCGGACGACGACGACGGCGCCGCAGCGCUGGCCUCGCUCACGCGCCUCGCCACCCUGGCCGCGGCGCACCUCGCCGCGCCGCCGCAUGCCGGCGCCGCACUGGCCACGCAGCUGCUGCGCGCCGAUGCCGGCAGCUCGCACGCCGACGCCUGGGCCAGCGCAUGCGUCGCGGCCCUGCUCGCGCUGAGCGAAGGCAGCGCCUCUGCACGCACGCGCCGCGCAACGACGGGCGUGGCCGGCGUGCAGCACCUCCUGGCACUGGCGGCGCAGCUGCUCGGCCAAGAAGCACACGCCGAGCAACGCCCCGAGUACAGACGGGCCGUCGUGGCGCCUAAUGCGCCCAGGUUUGCCAUGGCACUGACGGCGCUGCUGGAGAGAGCGGGAGAAGAUGCGGGACUGGUGGUGCCCGUCUGUGAUGCCCUCAGCGCCUCGCUCCACCACCACGCCUCGCUCUAUCGUCCGCACGCGCCUCGUCUGCACGCCGUCGUCUCUGCGCUGCUCUACGGCGCCGGCCUGUGCGGGCGUGCACAGGCGGCCGUCGUGCGUCUGGCGGCGGCCCUGCAUCGCACCGGCGCGGCUGCCAAAGGAAAGGGCAGCGCAACAGGUGGACCUGCAGAACUGUGGAGCGCCGGUGUUGCAGCGCCGAUCGCUGCGGCUCGCAUUAGUGCCGCUGCGAUGACGAACACGUUUGGCGCCACGCAGCAGAUGGCCGGGCCUCGCGACCCGGGACUCUUCGAGCCACUGCCUGCGGAUGAGGCGGAAGCAGUUCCUCUUGCGCUGACUCGCUUGGAGCUUCUUCUCGGCACCUCGUCCUCUCGAGGCAUCCUGCCACUCUAUCUCGCCCAAGGCAGUGCCACUCGCGUGGCUCUGCCGCUCGCCACGCUACUCGCGCUCAGCCUCGAUCUGCUGGCGCUGGGUGCUGCUCCUCAAGCUCGCGCGCCUCCGCCAGACGCCUCGCUCCUCGCGCUCCAAUCUGCCAUGCUUCCUCGGGCCCAAGAAGCAGCGCUCCGCUUGCUCGCCGCAGUGCUGACGUGCAGUACGCGCGAGGCAUUGAUUCCACAUGCGCCCACAAUCGUCUCUUGCCUCGUCACUCUCAUCGAAGAGCCGCACCUGGCGCCGCGUACUCGCUGCAGCGCCACACGCACGCUGGCGCUGGCCUUGGCACGCGGACAGAUCGGCAGCGGUAUUGCGGGCGCCGCUCUGCCGCUCGAUCCCGCUUCGCCUUUGGUGCUCUCUACCGCUCGCGCAAUGCUUCUCCUCCUCGCACGUUUCAUCACGCACUCUUCCUCCUCCUUUUCCGACCCAAGCACGACUACGGCACGCAAGAAGAGGAAGUACGAAAGCGAUGCCGUCAGCCUCGGCGCUGCAGCGCACACGGCACUCGUGCAGCUCUCGCCCGACGACGUUGCCAGCGGUCGAGCGGCGCUGGAUGUGCUGACGGCGCUCACGCCGCUUCUCAGCUCGGACUUGACGCCGGCGCAUCAUUCCCUGCGCCACACGCAUGCCCUGCUUCUCCUCUCGCUCGCCACGCUCAGCAUGGACUCUGUGCGCUCCUCGCCUUGCGACAACGGCUUGGCCACGCAUCUCCUCUCCGCGCUCUCCUCGCUCAUCGUCGACUCCGACGGCGCAUUGCUCGCCCUGCUACUCGCGCGCACGACGCUCGUCGUAGCGGCCGCGAGUCGGCAUGCACGUGCCGACGUACAGCGAGCGGGAGCGGCACUGCAGGGAGCAGUGGAGAUGAUUCUCGACCCCCGUCUGCCUCCUAGGCUGGGGCUGGCGACCGAGGAGCUGCCGCAGGAAUGGGCGGGAGAGGGAAGCACCAAGGUGGAGCUUGCGAGCGAUGGCACGAGGCAGGCGCUGGAUGUGCUCGGCAUCAAGGAGCUCGACUGCUCCGACGCUCCAACGUCGACGUCGACGGAGCCGCUCCCUGCCUCGCGCGACUCGAUCACCUCGCCCCUCCGCGCACCGCCCCUCGAGCACAGCAUGGAGCCCACCAAGCCCGUACGCGCGCAUACGCCUCGCAUUGGCUCGCCCGCCGCUUCUCCCGAACGCGCGUCGAGCGGCAACAAUGCAGUCCACAAGAGUCCUGCACGGUCGAUUUUCCCAUCUACUGGCAGCGGCAGCCCUCGACAAAUGCCGCUUGACGCGCCGACUAGCAGCAACAGCGCCGCAACGGCAGAUCGGAUGGGCUCGCCCCUCGGUCCCCGUGCCCUGGCCACGCCCGCUGCGCCUGCGCCAGUGGUGAACCAGACGACAACGACCACGACGACCACGACGACGGUGCAAGUCGAGCCGGAACUGGACGACGAGGAUGAGGAGAUGCCCGAGAUUGAUCUGCGCGGCUCGGAUGAGGAGAGCGAGAGCGAGUAG